ACUCGGGCCCAGUAAGCGCUUGACCACGCUACGGAGAGGAUCUCGUUCGUCGAUUCAAGUUCUUCCUUUCAACGAGGUUCAGUCGAACAGCAGGCAACAACAUGCCCAACUGUCCAAAGUGUGACAAGCCGGUCUACUUCGCCGAAAGAAAAACCUCUUUAGGGAAGGACUGGCAUGGUGCCUGUUUACGAUGCGAAAAGUGUAACAAAACCUUGACACCCGGCAGUCACGCGGAGCACGAAGGCAAGCCAUACUGCAAUCAUCCGUGUUACGCUGCCUUGUUCGGUCCUGGAGGUUUCGGUCGAGGAGGUGCGGAGAGUUACGUUUACAAGAAAUGAAGAUCUAAAAACUGUUUUGCAUUACCUACUUAUUGUUAAUAAAUUCACGUUACUUAUUC